AUGCAAAAAGCUUUAGAACGGGCUUUGGAUGGCGCGGAGUGUGUCAUUGAAAGUGCACGGCAGAGACCUCCUAAAAGUGAAGAGCCACCUAGUGGGGAAAAAUCUCUCCAUGACAAACUGUAUGACCUAUAUGUUGAGGAAUGUGGAAAAGAGCCCGAGGUUACGGAGGAAUUAAUAAGCAAUGUGCACUUGUUAGAAAAGCUUCUUCAGAGGGAGGACUUGCCCCGUUUGGUGGUCAACCUGUACCCAGGGAAGGAGGGCUAUUCGCUGAUGCUCAAGGGACCGGGCGAACCACAGUCAGAGCCCAUUCAACUGCCGUAUGAAGAAAAGAAAUUUCUCGAGUAUCUGGAUGCAGAGGAAUUGCCUCCUGCAUUGGUGGAUCUUCUGGAAAAGUCCGAGCUGAACAUUUUUCACCGUGGGUGCGUCAUAGCAGAGGUGCGGGACUAUAGGCAGUGCGGUGGUGCGGAGCCCCCUGCCUACCAAAGCAGGCAUGUCCUCCUGCGGCCGACGAUGCAGACGUUAGCCUGCGACGUGCAGUCCAUAGGCAGCAAUCACCCGGAAUGGAGCCAGGAAGACAAACUUUUACUUGAGAGCGAGCUGAUCCUAGCCACCGCUGAACCCCUGUGCCUUGAUCCUUCUGUCUCAGUCGCCUGCACUGCAAACAGGCUGCUCUACAACCAGCAGAAGAUGAACACUCCCGCGAUGAGGAGGAGCUUCAAGAGGUAUUCCACAGCCUCCCUGAAUCAGCAGCAGGAGCUGUCUUCUAGUCCGGCGCCUCACAAAAAAAGCAAAGAAAGUCAAGCAGCUCAGCAGGAUGACCUCAACAUUUCCAGAGCAGAAAAUUGUAUGGAUAUGUGGAAACAGAGGCCCUGUGACUUGGUGGUCCCCUCUGAGGUGGAUGUAGAGAAAUAUGCUACAGAGGAGAGUUCUGUCAAAUAUGAUGAUGAGUCACCACUAACAGACUGGCAAGCCAACUGGGUAAAAGAUAGUGAUUCUCUAUAUGGAUGUGAUGAUGAUUCUCUAUAUGGAUGUGAAGCAGGUGAUCAGCCCCAGACAACAAAGAUGGCCGUCAUGAUGUCUCUUAACGAUCCAUUAAUCUCUGGAAGAGGAAAUUCACCUAAAAAAGCCAGAUGCGGGAUACAGAUGUCUCCCCGCCACUCCCCCACAGAUGACCAUUCCUAUAGUAUGCAUCCUGAGUCAUACCUUGACACUGGCGAAUUGCAGAGUCUGUUUGAGGAACUGGUGCCGCUAAGCGCCGAAUGUGCCUUCGAGGAGUCCCCGGGCUCCAGCGACCCAGCCCCCCUCAGCCAGCUUUCUGUGGGGAGAAAAGCAGGACAGCCUCGGGCCAUGUCAGCUCAGCCUUCAGUGCCAGAGGAGGGAGUCCAGUACACCCCUCCACCCAUCAGCCUCCUCUCCAGCUCAGGAAACAGUUCCUCAGGUAUUAGCGGCUUGACGCCCCAGCAGGCAAGGCGCUCUUGCCUCCGUAAAUUGCCGUCUCCUGUCCCUGCUUCUAAGCCACCGAGCUUUCCUCGGAAAUCCUCUGUGGAGGUGAAGCACGUUAGCGCCCCUCCUGCAGCCUCCCUGUCCACGGCUAACUCGUCACAGACAACCCCGGCCAGCCAGGUGAAGGCCAAGCCUGCUGACCUCGGUGCCAUCAAAGCGGCAGGUCCCGUCCCUGCGGCCCAGACUGUCGUGAGAGGUGCCAACCCCACGAAGGGCUCUAGUGCCAGGGCCAGGGCUCCUGGAGCAACCAAGCCCAGCCACCCGCCUCCACGAGGCCGGCCACCAAAUGGCCAGCCUGUUGUGUCACAGGCUCCUUCACAAGGAAGUGCUCAGCAUAAUCUAGAUCUUUCAAAAUUUAGGCCCGUAGGUGUCCUCUGGGCUCCACAAGAUGUGGACAUUUGGAAAACCCAGAAACCGCAGCAGCUGCUUUGCCAGUGGAUUUUAGGGCCACAGCUUCAGCAGCCGCCUACUUCUCCUCAGCAGCUAGUGUCACAGUGCUCAAAUGCACAACGUUCAGCCAGUGGGCAAGCAGCCUCAUCCGCGCAGCUAAGUGCUGUCUUUAACCGCAGUGGAGUCGGAAGUGUUCUGCAGCCCCAGGUUGUGGUGCAGGCUCAGCCCCGCUCUGCCCAGGGGACACCUGGGCAGGGCCGCCCCCGACCCACGGCCCAGCUCUCGGCUGUCUCCCCGCAGCAGCCACCGCAGCCCCAGCAGGCUGAGUUUAAACUCCUGAAGGCUAUUGUUUCCCUGAAACACUGUAUCUACAAUACCGGUCGCACGGUGUACGUGAGGUUUCCAGAGCUGUUUCCAACUUGCAAAAGUGAAGCUGCGCUCGGGGAGCCCCAGCCGCCCGCCUCCCUGUCCCCCAGACCCUGGCGGGCCACAGGCUCGCUCUGUCCCUCUGAGUCGCGCUGCUGUAGCCACUUGGUGUGCGUGCAGCGCUACAGCAGCGGUCGUUCUGUGGCUGGCCUUUUCACUUAG